AUGGUUCCCAGUUAUGCUUGUUUCCUCUCUUCCGUUGCUUCACUUCAGAAUCAUAAGGAGACUAGGUUAUUCUCAUUCCUGCUUCAGUCCAUCAAUGCAGGCGGUAGUGGUUAUGAUCGAUUUGAUAGAAAAGACGGAAUAGUGUGUAUCUUUCGUUGGGGAUUUCCUGGAAAAAAUCGUCGGGUCUUCCUACAAUUUCUUAUAAAAGAUAUUCAGUCUGUCAGAAUAGAAGUGAAAGAAGGUAUUUAUGCUCGUCGUGUCCUUUAUAUGGAUAUCAGAGGCCAGGGAGCCAUUCCAUUGACUCGUACUGAUGAGAAUUUUACUCCACGGGAAAUGGAACAAAAAGCUGUUGAAUUGGCCUAUUUCUUGCGUGUACCAAUUGAAGUAUUUUAA